CUGAUGCUGACAGAUAAAUUAUAAACAACAAAAUAACUUAUCGAAUCUUUAUUCUGAGAUUUAAUUUUAACGGUAAAGCAUUGGAUUAAUAUGAGUUCAGAUUUUGACACUACUUGGGAUACUCGAAUAUUAAUAUGCAGAAUAUGUGCAUCUUCUAAUUUGUUAAUAAAUAUUUUCGUCAAUGAAUCACACAAAAUUCUUGAAAAAAUCCUUUGCUGUGCAUCGGUUCAGAUCGUAGAAAAUGACGGAUUACCACAACAUAUUUGUACCAAAUGCUUUGCUGAUUUGGAGACAGCCUACGCAUUUCGUACGCGCUGUGAAGAUUCUGAUUUAAAGUUCCGACAACGAUUGGCAGCCAUCAAACAUUUUGAGGAUGCUGAUAACUGCGUUGAAAAUGAGAAUGUGCCAACGCAACAUAAUGUAGAUAACGAAGGCAAUGAUAACAUUGAUUAUGCCUCGGAUCCAGAGCCAACUGUGUGUGCGGUAUUGACCGAGACUGAUGCUGAAUUUCAACCCGAAACUAAUGAACGAUAUCCUGACCAGCAAGAAAAGCAAAAGCGUAAAAGUUAUGCUUGUGAAACGUGUCAAGAGGUAUUUGAAAUCAGGAGAGACUACUUUGUUCACAUUAGAACCCACGGGAAACAAAGGUUUCGGUGCAAACUGUGUUCCAAAUGGUUUUCGAGAAAGUCUGAGUUUUUAAUACACAAACGUCGACACUUAGGUCAGGUGGAAAGAGUUCCCUGUAAUCAAUGUUCAAUGGAUUUCAACAGUCGUGUUGCUUUGUUAAGACAUAUAGCGGGAAUUCAUGAACAACGUCGUGAUUACAUAUGCGAUCUUUGCGGUAGGGCAUUCGCUCAGAAAAGUGGUUUGAAAACACAUAAAGCGACGCACGACGCCGCCGUCUAUAGUUGUUCUACCUGUCCAGCUCAAUAUCGAUGCAAACGGUUUCUAAGGCGCCACGAACAAUUUCAUCUGCCACUGGAGGAAAGAAACAAUAAAUUUAUCUUUAAAAGCACAACGUAUAAACCUAAAAAAGCUAAGAAAAGAACAUACGUUUGUUUCUACUGUGGCAAAAUAUCCAACAACCAUGCGUCGCAUGUUGUUCAUGAGCGUAUUCACAAGGAUGAGCGGCCAUAUCCUUGCACAGUUUGUGGAAAACGGUUUCGCGCUUGUGGCAUACUAAAAAAGCACAUGAAGACUCACACCGAUGAGAAACCGUUCAAAUGCAACAUCUGUGGCGCAUGCUUCCGUGAAAAGUCUCAUUUAACCACGCAUAAUCUAACCCAUUCACAAGAACGAAAACAUGUAUGUCAAAUUUGCUUGAAAGCGUUUAAAUUGAAGUCCAUAUUGAAAGCUCACUUGAAAUGUCAUUCUGUAUACGACGAUAUAGAAUUAAAACCAUCAUCCUAGUCUAGUUCCUUCCCGAUUCGGGGAAAUAAGUCUAGUUGAAAAAAUGUUGCUACAAUUUGUUACAGCAUUAAUUUCGAAACUAUUUCCUCUAUAUUUGACCUGAACAAUAUAGGUAUACAGGAAUAAAUAAUAGGUUCGAUUAUGUUUAAAUCCGUAAAACAUACUUAAUAAACUCAUUUUAAAUCUAUUAUGAAUAUUCUGAUGGUAUUCGCAUAACUGUCCCAUAUGCAAAAUCAUGUCGAGAAAAUGUGCUCAUAAGAUUUUUGUUUUAUUUUUGCACUAUGCCAUACCACACAAAUAGCUUUCAUCCAAAAUGCAUAUGGGACUGGUAUGUGGGUAUAGUAUAUUUUUCAUAUGGGACUGACAUUAGUGUUUUUGUACAUUUUUUUAUUAAAUCAGUAAUUUUCAGUACCUUAUUUG